AUGGAAAAACCUAUAUUUAUCCCUGCAUGGUAUAAGGUGAUUCCAGGAAUAUUUAUCUUCUUAUUAUUCCUGAUUUUUGCCCUAAUGUUUUGGGCACUAUUUUCUCCACAAUGAGUGACACUAAAAUACACCCGCUAUGAAGAUAUGCAAUGAACAGGCUCAAUAUCACAUGUAAUUGAAGGUCUUGGAAAUCUAGAAGGAGCUACUUAUGGCGAUUUAACUGAAGCUUACUGCGCCACCACAGAUAGAACCCAAGACAUUCCUACUCAAGAAAAUACAUGGUGCUAUAUGUUCCUGCUCCUUUGGAUCGGAGAAGCAGUCUAUGUUGUUUUUUCAAUUUUAUCAAUGAUGUCACUUCUGCUAUGGAUUAUUUACAAUUUUCGUGACAUUAAAAUUGGAAAUUUCCAAUCGAUGAAGAGAUUUUGUUAUCUUCAUUUGGCUUGGAUGUGCUAUGAUGUCGGAUUCAUUGCCUGGAUGAUUUUGACCAGAACAAAUUUUAAUGAUGACUGCCAUAAAGAGAGAGACCAUAAGCAUCGUCCGAAGCUGUGCGGACUUGCUGGACCAACUCUAGGAGCGAUUUUGAUGUUUGCUAUGCCUAUCAUUUUAGUUGGAGUUACUUAUGUCCUUACUCUCUCCAAUCUUGGCCAAAUUAAUUACUAUCGUUCCAUCAACGAUAGAAUUAAAAAAUUUUUUAGAAAACUUGCAUUAAAUUUGUGUUAUAUUUUAAAGCAUAGCCGCAAUAGAUAAAGUAUACAAUAUAUUGCAAAUGUGCUAGAAAUUGUAUUAGAAUUGGUUAAAGCUAUUGCGUCGUAUAAUUUCUAAGAUUAAUUAUUAUCAAGAUAGGUAGUUAGAUGAGCACAGGCAAGAAUUGGCUAUCAUCCCAAUUUUUAGAAAAUUUUCGAUGGUGUAUUUCAUUAGAUCAAGGAUGGAGUUAGAAAGAUUUCAGUCUACAUAAAUCCACAAAGAAAAUUAGAAAUUUAUGAAGAGAAAGAAUAUAGAUUUUCUGGCGGAUUUGAGUCAAUAUAG